CGCGCGCGCCGACGGGGCGGGCGCAUGCGCAAGGGGGCGCGCCGCCUCUGCCCCGCGGCGAGGGUGUCUAUGGAGAGGCGGCGGCCGCGGCUGCUGAGGCGGAGGCUGAGGCAGUGGCGAUGGCGCCCUUCCCUGAAGAAGUGGACGUCUUCACCGCCCCACACUGGCGGAUGAAGCAGCUGGUGGGGCUCUACUGCGACAAGCUUUCUAAAACCAAUUUUUCCAACAACAACGAUUUCCGUGCUCUUCUGCAGUCUUUGUAUGCUACUUUCAAGGAGUUCAAAAUGCAUGAGCAGAUUGAAAAUGAAUACAUUAUUGGUUUGCUUCAACAACGCAGCCAGACCAUUUAUAAUGUACAUUCUGACAAUAAACUCUCUGAGAUGCUUAGCCUCUUUGAAAAGGGACUGAAGAAUGUUAAGAAUGAAUAUGAACAGUUAAAUUAUGCAAAACAACUGAAAGAGAGAUUGGAGGCUUUUACAAGAGAUUUUCUUCCUCACAUGAAAGAGGAAGAGGAGGUUUUUCAGCCUAUGUUAAUGGAAUAUUUUACCUAUGAAGAGCUUAAGGAUAUUAAAAAGAAAGUGAUUGCACAACACUGCUCUCAGAAGGACACUGCAGAACUCCUUAGAGGUCUUAGCCUAUGGAAUCAUGCUGAAGAGCGACAGAAAUAUUUUAAAUAUUCUGUGGAUGAAAAGUCAGAUAAAGAAGCUGAAGUGUCAGAACAAUCCACAGGUAUAACCCAUCUUCCUCCUGAGGUAAUGCUGUCAAUUUUCAGCUAUCUUAAUCCUCAAGAGUUAUGUCGAUGCAGUCAAGUAAGCAUGAAAUGGUCUCAGCUGACAAAAGCUGGAUCGCUUUGGAAACAUCUGUACCCUGUUCAUUGGGCCAGAGGUGACUGGUAUAGUGGUCCCGCAACUGAACUUGAUACUGAACCUGAUGAAGAAUGGGUGAAAAAUAGGAAAGAUGAAAGUCGUGCUUUUCAUGAGUGGGAUGAAGAUGCUGACAUAGAUGAAUCUGAAGAGUCUCCGGAGGAAUCGAUUGCUAUCAGCAUUGCACAAAUGGAAAAACGUUUACUCCAUGGCUUAAUUCAUAACGUUCUACCAUAUGUUGGUACUUCUGUAAAAACCUUAGUAUUAGCAUACAGCUCUGCAGUUUCCAGCAAAAUGGUUAGGCAGAUUUUAGAGCUUUGUCCUAACCUGGAGCAUCUGGAUCUUACCCAGACUGACAUUUCAGAUUCUGCAUUUGACAGUUGGUCUUGGCUUGGUUGCUGCCAGAGUCUUCGGCAUCUUGAUCUGUCUGGUUGUGAGAAAAUCACAGAUGUGGCCCUAGAGAAGAUUUCCAGAGCUCUUGGAAUCCUGACAUCUCAUCAAAGUGGCUUUUUGAAAACAUCUACAAGCAAAAUUACUUCAACUACAUGGAAAAAUAAAGACAUUACCAUGCAGUCCACCAAGCAGUAUGCCUGUUUGCACGAUUUAACUAACAAGGGCAUUGGAGAAGAAAUAGAUAAUGAACACCCCUGGACUAAGCCUGUUUCUUCUGAGAAUUUCACUUCUCCUUAUGUGUGGAUGUUAGAUGCUGAAGAUUUGGCUGAUAUUGAAGAUACUGUGGAAUGGAAACAUAGAAAUGUUGAAAGUCUUUGUGUAAUGGAAACAGCAUCCAACUUUAGUUGUUCCACAUCUGGUUGUUAUAGUAAGGACAUUGUUGGACUAAGGACUAGUGUCUGUUGGCAGCAGCAUUGUGCUUCUCCAGCUUUUGCAUAUUGUGGUCACUCAUUUUGUUGUACAGGAACAGCUUUAAGAACUAUGUCAACACUCCCAGAAUCUUCUGCAAUGUGUAGAAAAGCAUCAAGGACUAGAUUGCCUAGGGGAAAAGACUUAAUUUACUUUGGGAGUGAAAAAUCUGAUCAAGAGACUGGACGUGUACUUCUGUUUCUCAGUUUGUCUGGAUGUUAUCAGAUCACAGACCAUGGUCUCAGGGUUUUGACUCUGGGAGGAGGGCUGCCUUAUUUGGAGCACCUUAAUCUCUCUGGUUGUCUUACUAUAACUGGUGCAGGCCUGCAGGAUUUGGUUUCAGCAUGUCCUUCUCUGAAUGAUGAAUACUUUUACUACUGUGACAACAUUAACGGCAGAACAAUUGACAGGAGUCAAGAAGACCAGAGGGAGUAAUGACAUACCAGAAAGUGGAGAAAUGAACAAAUCUGCUAUUUCUCGAGAUUAGAUUUUCCUUAAAAUAUGUAAGAGGAAACUGAAGAUUGCAGCUCUCUUAUUUCUGGAAUCACAUUGUUAUACAGGAGAUGACCUCCCAUGUUCUUGAUAUAUCAACACUAAGUUGGACAUUUCUUGUUUUCUGUUGCCUUCUGUGUAUAAUCAAGGGAUGGCCAAAGGGAAUGUCAUCGUAGUUGGUUAAAGUGAAUGUCACUGUAGUUGCAACAUGCUAAGCCUAUGAAAACAGUGUGAUUGAUGCAGUGAAGCUGUUACUUUUGUGGAUGCUCUGGAUUUGAGACAGGAGUUUUGUUUUGUUAACAUAAAGUUAUUUCAUUGUAGGUUUAGUGCUAUACUUUCUAAGGCUUAUAGGACAUAUUAUCAAGAGUAAUUAAUAAGCAAUUUUUUUUAAUCAGAAAAUUUUAUUUGUAUGUUGCACUUGAAUUUUUCAUACUGAUUUCAGCAUAGGUUAUGCUUCGGAAUAAAUCUCACUAUCAAAUUCAUCAUUUAUUUUUGGGUACAUAGAUGUUACUGGGUAGAGGGAGGGGACUGGGUUUCAGAUUGUUUUUAUGCUUACUUGUUUUAUGUUUAUAUGUUUUUAAACUUUGAAAAAAUUUAGAUGAUGGGAUAAAAUGAAAUACUUAAAAUCUUUUGCACUUUGUCCUUAUGCAUUUUCUCUAAACUCGUUUUGAAUAUGUAGUUUCAGAGGAGCUACUAUAUUCCUAUUGUUGAAUGUAAAAUUUUUUUGGAUAAAUGACUGAUUUUUUAAAAUAAAUGAAUUGUAAUGAAGAUAUCUGACUGAAAGAUUUGAAAGGAAAUUGCAGUGCUUGUAUAAUCCAAUAUUAACUCUCCUUUUAUAGCUUAUUGAAGCAUGAUUUGGGGGAAUGGAAAGCCUUUAAAAUUUACAGAUGACUUGUUAUAUAACUUGUGUCUGAGUUCCACAUAGGUUGUUGUUAAAGCAAUGCUCUCUUAUAGUCUUUUCCUUAAAAGGGUAUGUGGACAACCUAGAAAGUGUUAGAAUGUAGUUGUGUUGUAUCCAGUUUUGCAAGAUGACACUUGUUCCAGUAUCUUUCAAAACAGCUCAGCUUGUAUAGUAGAUAUCUAGUGAAUGCUCAGGGUCCUCCUUGUUACUAUUUUUAUUAUUUCUGAAAGUGGUCAGUGUGUUUUAAUACGUGGUAUUAGAACAAUGGAGAAAUGUAUUUAGGUGACAAAUUACAUUUCCAAUAUUUGAAAGUAACAUUUAACUAAAAAUACAUUUUUUAAAAGAAAACAUGUAUAGUUAACUAUCAGAUUACUAAAUAUAAAAGAAGUAAAUACUGAUAAACAUUAGUCAUUAAGUAAUACAUAAUAAGUAAAGCAGAAUGCACUAGCAGAGAUUUUGGAGAUGAUAAGUUAGUUAUCAUGUAUUCAAGCAGUAACUACCUUGAGCAAGACACUGUACAUAAAGUGUCUUGAUAUAAAAUGCAAAUCUAGAUUCUUCUGAAUGAUUCUUUAUGACUUAAAUUUAAAGAUUUGAAUAUAAAAGUCUUCUUAGCCAUAACAUUAAAAUUUUUUUGUUAACAUUUAAGAAGUGUUAAAUGAAAUAGCAUAGUUGUAGAGCUGUGAAGAAGGUAUGAACAAUGACACAAAAUAAACUUUUUUACUGAUUUGCAUUUCAAUGUGUGUAUAAUUUAUAAAUUAAGAUAGAUUAGCUCAUAGUUUUAGAGGUGACCCAGUCUCAGAUGAUGUGCUCUUUUAUGUUUCUAAUUUAAGUUAAAGAGGAAUUAAAGGUAAGUGAAGGUAAGUGCAGAUAUACAGCAUAAGUAAUAUACUUAGAACCCAGUAAAAACAAGUUAUUCAGUAAUAAAAAUCUGGAGAAAUAAUAGCUAACCUGAUACUUCCUAUCAUCUGAUACUUAAAAAUGCUUCUUAUAAGAUUAUUCCUUACCAUGCAUUUAAAUAUUUUAAUGAUUAUUAUAUUUUUCUAUUUUCUUUAUUAUUCUUUAAUGUAAUUUAGGCUUUAUAUAUCUUAACCAUUUGGGUUCUCUAUCCUACACUGAGAUGGAAGUUUGCUGGUGAUAAGUCAAAUAUUUAAAGGGAACUACCUUGUGAAUUGUCUUUGUCUAUUAAAGCAUAGCUGUCUACCUGGCAAUCCAUCAUAUCUUCGUCAUAUUUCUUUCUAAUGCUCCCUCACCUUUUCUGUUGUCCAUUUAUUCUGUUGUCCAUUUAUUCAUUUUUCUGAACAGUCCUUUUGUGUUACUUUAAGGAUUUUAUUGUUGAUGUUGCUUAUACUUUCCAUGUUUUGGAAGGUGCUAGUCUCCUGUUUCUAUAAUGUGAUACUGAAUUUAAAACAGUGCUUGUCUUCAUUUUUGUUUUGACUCAGGCCUUCAGCAAAUCCUUUAAUGGAUGCUGUCACUUUUAUGAUUAUUGGGAUCAAAUACCAGUAACUACUCUGUUAUUAACCUUAUCAAAGGAUUGUAGUUUUGAGUCAUUUAAUAUUACAGUUACUGAUUAAGUUCCUAUAGGCUUCUUUAAGCAGAUUCUGCUUUCAAAUUUGAAAACCAUAUAUUAAUUCUCUCUCUUUACUCUGUACACUUAGAAUCUCACUGAAACUCAAUUCUAGUGAACUUAGAAUGUAUUCAGAGUUCUUGCUUAUAUUCAUGUAAAAUGUGCCUACUCAGUGAGUGGGCACAUUUUACAUGAAUAUAAGCAAGAACUUUGUUUUGUGAUAAAUAAGGAGAUGCUGACAGUAGGUUUGUGCUUUUUACUUAAUACAGGGUAAGAACUUUUAUUCCUACAUUUUUCUUCCCCCAUUAUCUCUGCAAUCAUCCCUUAGACUUCAAGAGCAAAAUGACCCAGGUAGCUAGGGUAGAAACUGAGCAUGUGGACCCUACAUCUUUUGAGGAGGAUGGUGAAAAACUGUGUCGUGUCAGGUUAGAUCUGAAUCUCUAGGAGAAUAGCUUUUUUGAUCUGUUUGCUCCUUUGAGUCUCCCUUUUACUUUAUCCUUUGAAAAUCAGUUGCAUACUUCACUUCCAUUGCUUGCAGGCAUGGCGUAUGAUUUUUCUCAGGCUACUGUUGAAAUUUAGCAUAAUAUUUCUCCUUUAUCUUUCUGUCCUUUAAAAAAAAAAUAGGACUAUAGUAAGUCCUCAGUGUUGGUGAUACAUUUUUGGAAACUGACUUUAAAGAAAACAACAUACAGGAAGUCCUCAAAUAGUGUCAUUUCAUUAUAAUGAUGCAAACAAAACAGCUAGCUUUGUUAUACGUUAUUUUGCUUAGAGUCGCAGUUUCUAAGAAACUAUCGAUGUUAAAUGAGAACUUAACGUUAUGGACAUUUUGAAAUAUUUGAGGAGUUGCAGUUUGGAAAAAUUGUAUGAGAGUCUUCAUGUCUCUUCUUCUUUAAAAAAAUUUAGAAUGGAAUUUUAAUCUGAUAAAAUGAUAAUCAGAUCCAUUUUGGCAAAACCCAGUGAAUCUGGCAUUUCAUGAUGGACUAUGGGUCAGAGCAGGGGAAUGGCAGUGAGGCAGGGCUUGUGUCUUGAGGUGGGGCACUAGGUGAUUGGUGGACAAAACAGUGAGCAGUGUAAGGGGUGAGGAAAGACAAGCUAAGAAGGGGAAAGAUGGGGAUUGGGUGGUGCACAGUAGGUAAAGCUGGCAUUAUAUUCUAAGGAAAAACUUGGUUAAAGAUUGGCAGUGGGAGAAGAAUUUCAGAUCAUAGGGUUCCUUCUCAGGGCAUUUUUAAUAAGUAUUCAAUACAUACUAAAACAUUUUAUCUUGAUUGUGAUUAAGAUGAUUAACAUUGUAUCUUAUUAUAAGAGAAAAUAAUUUUAACACAAUGCCGCUUUUUGAAUUUUAAAUAUUUGACAUAUUUCACUUUUCAUUUAAAGACUAGAACAGAUUGUUAUUUUGAUUAAAUAAAAAUUGGCUUUAGUAAUUCAACUUUAUAUAUAAAAUAAUUUUAAACUUCCUGUUACGGAAAAAUUUAACGUCGAAUAAUGUAACGAACCCUCAUGUACCAUCAACUUCAGCAGUUCACCUGUGGCCAGUCUCUUUUCAUCUAUACCAUUGCUCAUUCCCAUAUCUGCCCCCCCCCAUUAAGCUAAUCACAGGUGUCAUAUCAACGUAAAAAUUUAAUAUGACCGAAAGCAUAAGCUGUGGUAGUUCCACAUAUGUGCGUAAUGUUUAUUAGUUUCUUUCCUAAGACUGUAUGUCUUAAGAAAUUUGCCCUUUGUAUUUUGUAUGUGCCAUUUGGGGAAUAUAAGGAAAAGUUAAAUUUCUGGAAAUUAAUGUGUUCUGUGUGUUUAGUUGGAAGUAAUUAUUAUGGUGGUAUUAGCCUAGUUGCUUUUUUUUUUUUUUUUUUCAAUUGAGUGCUGUUUUAGAAAACAAAAAUAAAUUUAAAAUGCGUUUUUGAGUUAAUCCUAGAUAUCACACCAGAGUGCUGUGAUUUUUCAGUUACAAUCCAUUUGAUAUAUUCUGUAGUAAAAUUAUAUUUCAUGUACAGUUUUCAUUUUGUAUUGUUCCUUAUAUCACAAUUUGCAAGUAUUUUGGUUGUUCUUGUUGAUAUGUAAAGAACUAGUUAACUAUUCCUUAUUUGUUCAUGGUGCAGACAUACUGAAAGACUUCAAUAUAGUUGAAACAAUCUUUCCCACAUGUGCCUGCUUUUAUGAAAAUAUUCAUUCAGAGUACUUGACAUUUGAAUAUGUGCUAUGAAACUUCUUCUUUGAUACUUUCUAAUUCUCAGCUAUGUUUCCUAAUGGAUCUUGUAUCUAGUGCCUAGGUAGCAUAGUGUGACUGGGAUAAAAUGUCAGUUAUUCCACAAAUGUUUUAUUAUUCUUUGUAAGUGAAUGAUAAUUUUUACUAUGUCUUAGAUAAAGUUUAAUUGAUCACUCAUUAUAUAUUUAACUUUGGAUAUACAUUUAACCCUGCCAUAUAUAGAUAUUUUUGGCUGUAAAUACUAAAUAAAAAUAUGGCAAAUAUAUUAAGUCUUUGUCCAUAUAGUUUAUUUUGCUUUAAAAUUUGAAUGUAAUGUUUAUUGUAAUUGCUCAAUAGUGAAUUCUUUAGCUGAUCAAUUAGUUAGGGCUGUUUUUUUGCCUUUAUUACAUUUCUAGGGAGGAUGUUCAGAUUAUAAGAAUCUUUUUAUAAGUUAGCUUUGCAGUCUUCUGUGGAUUGUCUCCUUUCCAUUUUGGAUUUUUAUAUUGUAAAGUUGUUGCUAAAAAUUAUUUUUUUCCCUUCCACUUACCUUUUGGACCAUGAAGGAUAUAUUAAUUAAAGUCAAGCUGCUGUUGA